GUUAGACUGACAGGGGCUGGCAGGGUAUUUAAGUCUCGUUGUCCUCUUGCAAUUGUUUUCCUUCAGAUCAGCCCUUGCUACAUUUCAUCUUUCUCUCCCACUCUAAAUUAUUGAAGAAGAGUACCACCAUGUCUUUCCACGAAUCUUGCCUAGACAUUCGUAUCGAAGUCCGUGGCGAUCACACUGUCCUCCUUGCCGGAGCUGGAGUUGGUGAUGAUGAAUAUGUUCCCGCGGAGUUAAGGCUUGACGAACAGAUUGGUAAUAGUGAUGGCUGGUUCGCUUUCCCGGGCGAGAAUUUCACAGAGACCGCUCAAGGUAUCGAGUUGGAGCUCCGGGAGGAUGGCCCUUGGUUGGUUGCAGAGCUCAAAGAGGGCAGUGGAGAGUAUAGAGAGCGUCAGGGCAUUAAUUUGGCUCAACACAUUGGGAAUGACGGUGGCCGGCUUGUAUGGGCUGUAAGUUAGCGAUGAAGCCUUUCUUGACGUUUAUUGUUAUAUUAACGUGUAUUGCAGUAACUGGAGGAAUAAUCUUAUGAGCACACGGUUGCAACACCGAUGCACUGAUUCUAUGUGACUCUUUUCAUUAUGAUUUUCCAAGCCUGAAUGCCAAGAGGCUUUAAGCUAGUCUGGAAAUGCCACAGAAACGAUAUCCUGCAGGCAUCAACACAUACUGUAUUAUCACUACUCCGUAAACUAGGCAAUGGUUAAGUUACCACGCUCCAGGAGUUCGCUAGACUAGUAUUGAAAGUAUGCUGCUAGACAUAGCGUUCGUUAAUGGAACAGGAAGACUGUGAGACAGUAUCUAAGCUUCUGUAGGACAGAUGUAAUAUAGAGUGAGCAUAGAGCCUACUCAGUAAAUUUGCUCCUUGCCCUCAACUUAUGUCCAAAGUAGUACAGUACAUAGAUGCCAAUAAUGCAUAUCGCACAGCAACCGCCCAUCAAAGUCAUUCCCCAGUUCACACCAAGCGCGUCAUAC